AUGCUACAAAACACUUUGAAGCUAAUUACCUUUGCAUUAUCCGCGGCUGCCUUGAUAUGUUUAGCUGUGAUAGAUUGGACAAGCUUGAUACAACGGAGAAUCAUUCAGUCAUUCAACUCAGCCUAUGAUGCAUUAACCCAUGCUAGUAGCAGUCUAUCAGACCUGUGGAGCAAGAUUCAGUCAACUUUACCUGACUAUUAUGCAGUGGGGCUCUGGGGAUAUUAUAGCAGCAAGGAAGGUGCAUCUAAGUAUUCAGGUUACUCCACGCCCAUGUUAGUAUUUUUAUUUAACUUAGUGAUAAUAUUAGAGUCUAAUGCACUAGGUACAGCUUUGCUACUUCUAGAUGCAAGCAAAGCUGUGCUUUCUAGGCUCUUGAAACUUUCUAGAUUGACUAUUACAGCAUAUAUUAUUAGAAUAACUGCAACCACCCUAACUAUCAUAGGAGCAAAAACUAACCUGCUGGUAGGUUGCUUUAAUAUCCACUGUUGCUGUAUUAGUCACAGUGACAAUCCUGUACAGCUUGAUAUCUGGAGGGAUCUAAACCUCUCUAGGUGA